AUGUGGUCGACUGCUGCUUCUUGGGUCGCCCUGCUGGCCUUGACGGCUGCCCUCACCAGAUAUUAUAAUCCUGACCUAUUCAGGAAACUCACCGGGCAGGCUCUAUCCAAGCCCGAGCAAAGAUUAGAGCCUGGAGACAAGCCUGCCGCAAAACGACAGAAGGCGAAGCGCACGCAUGCCACUCGGAUAGAGUCCACCAGUGGUGCCUCAACCCCAACGAGCGCGAAUGAAGGUAUGGCAAAGAAGAGGAGGAAACUAGGGACAAUUGCAGCCGAGAGUGAUGCUGCUCCGGUUGUCCAGAGCAAACAACCAGUUGUAUCCGGCCAGGAGGAAUCUGAAAUGAGCAAUAAAUUGUUCGCACAACAGUUGGCCAAAACACAAGCUGGCACAAAGUUGGAACCAGCCAAACCCAAGGGUACAAGCAAGAAGGAGAGGCGGGCGACCAAAACGGCCCUCCAAGCACAGUCGGGUGGUCAGGAAACAUCUGGCUUGUCCACCGAGACGUCGUCCACGACAGGUGGUCGAGACGCUGAUGACGACUUUUCUCCAGUUGGAUCUCCGUCAACUGGACCUGUGUCUACAGCCCCUACUUCCAGAGCCGAUGAUGUCUCCGAUAUGCUGGAAGCCCCUGCUGCUAAGCCAACCACGUUGAGGCUGACAGACGUCAAGGACAAGGUUAAGAGCCUUCCCAAAUCUGUCAGCAAGGCGUUUGAACCUGUCAUGACCAAGAAGCAACGGCAACGGCAGGCCAAACAAGCAGAGGAGAGGGCAUUGAAGGCGGAGUCAGAUCGUGUCCACGAUGCCAAGAAGCAACAACAGCUUCGCACUGCUAGGACAGCUGCGGGAACAUCCAAUCAGGUCAAGGCAGAUUCGUUCACCGCAAAGCAGAACGCCUGGAAUGCAGGUGCACCAACCCCGGCCAAACCCCAGUCCAACACCGCUGAAGUCGCGAAUGCGCCACUGUUAGACACCUUUGAAAGAGAGAAGAGCCCCUCCGUGAAGGUCAAUGGCGCUGUUCAAGCCGAGCCAUUGUCCAACAUCGCAAACUCGGUGCCCGCAACGGCCAAUGCCAAUCAAAUGCGAGGACAACAGGGCGACAGCAAGACGGAUGCUCUGGGUGCUUCUAGCCGAGAGAAGCUCACCCGUCCUCGAAUGGAGAGCCAAUCGAGUUGGGCUGAUGAAGUCAACGAAGAAGAACAGAACAAGUGGGCUAGUGAGCUUGCCGAGGAGGAGAAGUGGGAGUCUGUGACGACGAAGAAAGGCAAGAAGAAGGGCAAGAAGGACAACGAAACGAGCAGCGAGGCCAGCAGCUCAUUCACACGGCCAACACCAGUAGCCCAUCAAGCUGUCACCAAUGGUAACAAGGGAAACGCAGUCCACCCACAAAAUGGAAAUGCAAAUCGAUUUGCGUCAAUCCAGCAACCCAAGGAUUCUUCAUUCCAGGAUGCUGAAUGGGAGGCUUAG